CAACAGUAAUUACCAUUUUUUUAAGUGACAACUUAGCAAUUCUUCCUCGACAUUGGGCUCUUGAGUGCGCUGCUUGGUGCCAGCCUAGUUAAAACUUUUUAACUAGCAAACUAAUGGUUAUGCAUCUACAAAAUAAUUGUUUCCAUUGUAAAAUAUGGCUCUGGUAUAGAUGCUUGAUAAUACAGUAAUUAUUCUCUCUUCUUAAGUAUUCGUGUAAGCAUCUUUGCAUUGUAUGAUGCCCUUACUAGUCUGCGUAGAUUUAGGGGUAAAAUCGAAAAUCCACAAAACAGAGGGACUUGAGCGUUGAGGUUUCCUCUGUCUCUCUCUCUUUUCUUCCGCCGCCGGCGACGGUACACAGCCAGUCCUCCUUCCACCGGGAUAUUCUCUCGUCGAGAGGCGUCGCCCUCCUCCUCUCCCGCGCCCUCACCUGGCACUGGACCAGGAUCGGUUUCUUCUUUUUCUGUUAAUUAACCCUAGCUCGCAUGACGGAUUGUUCUAGGAGCUCGAUUUGCUCUGAGGACUGAGUAAUUUGGUUCUUCUUCUUCGUCGAGAAAGAUCAAUCUACUCAAUGCGCGGGUCAAGUUUAUUUUUUUUAAAUGGGGUUCAAUUGAACCCCCAUGCCCCACGUUACGCCCGCCCCUUUUCGUGUCUGUGCCUCGAUUUUAGCUUGCUUCGUGUUCUUGGUGGUUUCGGUCGAUCUGGUUCUGUCUCGUGUGCUAGAUUCUUUAGCGCGACGCCUGCUACCAAGUACCAAAUGCCCAACUCAUUAUCACAACAGAACCUGUUUCCUUAAAUUCAGGGCACACUUUACCCAAUCACAUGCCAAUUGCUGCCAUAAAAUUUGCAUCUUGAUGCCCUACAUACUACUAGACGGCAGAAGAAUUUCUGAACCUUUCUUUGAUGGUAGACAAGUAGCUUCAGUUGUUGAUCAAUUACUGUAUGCAUCUUUGCCGGGGCUGUAGUGGCUUUUUUCUGGGUUUGUAUGGUAUCAUGUUUAGUACACUUCUCAUUUGCCGUGGAGGCCAUGCCGUAAUGCGUUGCUUAAUAUAUCUGCGUGAAGAAUACCUGUUGUUUGUUUCUGGUGUCAUGGAGCUUGCACCGCAUGUUCUUAAAAUCAUUCAAAAAAUUUCUUUUCCAGGAGAUCGAAGCAAUUUGAUUAUGAGUAGCAUAGGAACUGGUUAUGAUCUGUCCGUCACCACCUUCUCUCCAGAUGGACGUGCCUUCCAGGUUGAAUAUACAGGCAAGGCUGUCGACAACGGCGGGACUAUUGUUGGGAUCAAAUGCAAAGAUGGGAUUGUCCUGGGUGUGGUGAAGCUGGUAACAUCAAAGAUGAUACUGGAGGGGUCCAAUCGGAGAAUUCAUUCGGUGCACCGGAACUCCGGCUUGGUUUUUGCUGGUUUAGCAGCAGAUGGUAGGCAGAUAGUCUCAAGAGCAAAAUCAGAAGAAGCCAAUUAUGAAAAAUGGGAAUUGGUGUACGGACAAACCAUGCCUGUAAAGGAGUUGGCUGAUCGUGUAGCCAGCUAUGUACAUCCAGGUACACUCUAUUGGUGGCUCAGGCCUUUUGGUUGUGGAGUUAUUCUUGGAGGUUACGAUAGGGAUGGGCCACAGCUCUACAUAAUCGAACCUUCAGGCCUCUCCUAUAAAUACUUUGGAGUUGCACUGGGGAAAGGAAAACAGGCUGCUAAAACGGAGAUAGAGAACUUGAAGCUUUCUGAGCUAACCUGCAUGGAAGGCAUUGUUGAGGUUGCAAAGAUAAUCUAUGGAAUACAUGACGAAGUGGAAGACAAAGCUUUUGAACUGGAACUGAGCUGGGUGUGCAAUGAAUCAAACCGUCAGCACCAGAAGGUCCCGGCAGAUCUUCUGGAGCAGGCGAAAGCAGAAGCGCAGGCAGCGCUGGAGGAGAUGGACGCCGACUAAUUGACAAUCCAGCAGACUAUGGCCCGGCAUUCUUUUCAUUAUCUGGAUCGCUCGGCCUUGCGCGCGGAGAACACCGGAAACCUCUUCGUGCGCCGCGCCCUUUUUCACCAGCCCCGCUGUGCGCACGGAGCACGACGCGGUGGUCACAAAAACCUGAGGUCACGCGAGGCGAGGCGACGGGGAACUCGGCCCGGCACCAUGGACGACGUUCCGUUGCCCAGUUCCUUCGUCCAGGUUAGGACAAGGAGUCAUAUUCCUAUUUUAUUUAGAUAGGCUGCUUUACCUAUUUUUUAGGUCUCCAUGGAAAGACGGUCUUCGAGCUAUGUUGAAGAGUCGGAGUCGGAGACGAAGAAGUCUUUUGUGGUUUCACUCUCCUCUAAUAGGACCAGGGCGGCAUGAUGGAUUGUUAGAGCAUGUGCAAUGGAUAUUUAGAGGAGGUGCUUAAAGAAAAAAAUAAAUAUUUUUUUCUUAACUGUAGUGAUACAUGUGCUUAGCAGAAGGGUAAUAUGUUUAUUUUAGCACUGUUACUUAUAUUAGUGUUAAUAAGAUAGUUGAUUUUAUUUAAGUAAUUGUAGUUUUUGUUUUUACUGAAAAUUAUAAUUUUAUGUAGAUGUAUAUUCUUUUCUUAAGUAUCAGCUAUAAACAUAU